AUGGCCUCUUCUUUCUUCUUCAUCAACAAGAAGUAUGGUGACCUUUUAGACCUUGCCAAAACUAUUGAGAACUCAACAAUGCUGCCAUCAAGAAUGCCUACCCCAUCCAUUAGCAGGGUACACCUACUCCAGACCCUGUACUUUCUAUUCAUGGACAAUCAUUUGCUGAUGCAUAUCAUUGCCAUCCUUGCAUCUCCUCAUAUCUAA